AUGAACCAAACAAAGGGCAUUUUCUUUGCUGCCGCGCUGGCAGCCAUGCUUCCCCAAACCUAUGGCUCCAUCGAGCGAUCCAGUCUUUUGCCAACGCCACCCAUGGGGUUCAACAAUUGGGCCCGCUUCAUGUGCGACCUCAACGAGACCCUGUUCACCGAAACCGCCGAUGCAAUGGCCUCCAACGGUCUGCGAGACGCCGGAUACAAUCGUAUCAACCUGGACGACUGCUGGAUGGCCUAUCAGCGUGCCGACAAUGGAUCCCUACAGUGGAACACGACCAAGUUCCCUCAUGGCCUUCCUUGGCUCGGAAACUAUGUCAAAGCCAAGGGCUUCAACUUUGGCAUCUACGAAGAUUCAGGCAACCUGACCUGUGGUGGCUACCCAGGUUCUUACAAUUAUGAGGAGUUGGAUGCCAACACAUUCGCCUCUUGGGGAGUCGAUUACCUCAAGGUAGAUGGCUGCAAUGUCUACGCGACACAGGGCAGAACACUCGAGGAGGAAUACAAGCACCGCUACGGACACUGGCACCAAGUGCUAAGUCACAUGGAACAUCCACUCAUCUUCUCCGAGUCAGCACCGGCCUACUUCGCCGGCACCGAGAACCGAACAGACUGGUAUACCGUGAUGGACUGGGUCCCGGUCUACGGGGAGCUGGCUCGCCAUUCGACCGAUAUCUUGGUGUACAGCGGAGCAGGCAGCGCGUGGGAUAGCAUCAUGAACAACUACAACUACAAUACCCUUCUCGCGCGCUAUCAGCGACCAGGAUACUUUAACGACCCGGACUUCCUGAUUCCUGACCACCCGGGUUUAACAGCGGACGAGAAGCGGUCGCACUUUGCACUCUGGGCAUCUUUCUCGGCUCCUUUAAUCAUCAGUGCCUACAUACCAGCACUGUCUAAAGACGAGGUCGCCUAUCUGUCAAACAAAGCCCUGAUCGCAGUCGACCAGGACUCGUUAGCGCAACAAGCUACAUUGGUCAGUCGCGACGACACCCUGGACAUUUUGACUCGAAGUCUCUCGAAUGGCGACCGACUACUCACAGUCCUAAACCGGGGAAACACAAUCGUCAAAACCGACAUCCCCAUCCAAUGGCUGGGCCUCACCGAGACAGGAUGCACAUACACCGCAGAGGACCUCUGGGACAGCAGCCUCCAAAAGGUCAGCAGUCACAUAACGGUCCUACUAGCCACCCACGCGACCGCAGUCUUCAGGAUCAGUCUACCCAAGGGCUGUUCCACAGUCGUACCCACAGGCCUUGUUUUCAACACAGCAUCAGGGCACUGCUUAACGGCUAGCUCAAAUUCCUCUGUCACGUUCGAGUCCUGCAACGGACAAGCCUCGCAGAUCUGGCAGGUUACUUCGUCUGGUGCUAUCAGCCCGCUUUCAUCCGCAGCACAGUGCUUGACUGCUACUUGUGGCUCGGUGGGUAUCCAGGCUUGUCAUAGUAGCAAGAGCGAUGCGCAGAAAUGGACAUACGCGGUCACGGGAAAUCUGAAGAACGCAAAGACAGGUGGCUGUUUGACCGAGGGAUUGGUGCAGUUGCAGAGGUGUCUCGACGAGACGAACGGCCAGGUAUUUGGUCUGCCUAGUGGUGUUCAGCUGUCAUAG